GCGGCAGCGCGCAGCCGGUCCUGGUCCAAGGAGGCUCACUUGGUGCAGGCUUGACAGUGAGCUCCGCGAGGGAACACGUCUGCAUCAGGAGCGAGCACUGUCGGCUGCUUGGCCAAGGUUAACAGGUGACAAGCUCCUCGAUUGUUUGACUUUGACGAACAAGGAAAUCGCGUCAAAGACCGUAGCACCAUCCAAGUUCCUUCGAAAAGCCUUCACGAGACUGGGAAUUCGGACCGACAAUCGUACCCGUGCCACGACGGAGCUGAUCACGCACGCUCCCAGCGACGUCAUUAUCGCCAGCACGUGUGACGUCAUCACCACGACGAUGGCCGUGGACACGUCGCCGCCCGCAGGCGGCUCACGGACCGAGCCACUACCGCUCGACCCCGCCAAGCUGACGCAGGCCUACCGGCACUCGGCCGCAGUCACAGUUCCCGAGGUGGCCACUGGGCGGCGCUCGCCUCUGGCCGGCCACAACAUGCCGCCGAUCGAGCGGCUGCCGUCAAAGUUCGCCAUGCGUCGCGACGUGCAGCGACUGGUGCGAGACGAGGCGGAGUGCGGCCGGCAGCGCCCGCCCACCCCCGCUCGGCCGAGUCUGCCGCAACUGGACGCCUCGAUGGGCGCGUCCGUGUGGUCGACCGGGGCAUGUCAGCGAGGCUGCAGGUCAAGGUCGGAGCCGCGCACAACCGGCCGCGAGAACCAGGACGAGAUUGACCAGACCGCAGACCUGCUGGACGUGAGCGUGCGCAGCGACGGCGGCGGCUGGCGGUCAGUGCGGGCUCGGGUGUCGCGAGACGACAGCCACGCCGUGGCGUCUGCGGGAACGACACGGCCGGCCGCCGGCGUCACACUGCCACCUAUCGGCGUCUCCGGGAAGCACACGCCGGUACAGCGUAUGACCCGGCAGGAGACGCAGCGGCUGCUGGCGCAGGCCAAGAUCAACCUGCAGGCCAUGGAGGCGGCCAAGGCGCUGCCGACGGCCGCCACCUCGGCAGUGACGUCAUCGGGACCGUAAAGUGACGUCACGCUACGGGAAACAAGGACAACGGGCGUGGAACG